ACAAGCCCGCGUCCCGCGCCGCGCCCCCGCGCCAGUAGCUCCCGCGGCCGCAGGACCAGCGGCGGCCCGGCGACCCCCGCCACAUCUCCGCGCCCGUAGCCGCUCGCCGCGCCGCGUCCCGCAUCCCAUCAUGUCGGUGGCAGGGUUGAAGAAGCAGUUCCACAAAGCCACUCAGAAAGUGAGUGAGAAGGUCGGGGGAGCUGAAGGCACCAAACUGGAUGAUGACUUCAAGGAGAUGGAGCGGAAAGUGGAUGUCACCAGCAGGGCUGUGAUGGAAAUAAUGACGAAAACAAUUGAAUACCUUCAGCCCAACCCGGCCUCCAGAGCGAAGCUCAGCAUGAUCAACACCAUGUCAAAAAUCCGCGGCCAGGAGAAGGGGCCAGGCUAUCCUCAGGCGGAAGCGCUGUUGGCAGAGGCCAUGCUCAAGUUCGGCAGGGAGCUGGGCGAUGAUUGCAACUUUGGUCCAGCUCUUGGUGAGGUAGGAGAAGCCAUGAGGGAGCUCUCGGAGGUGAAGGACUCUUUGGACAUGGAGGUGAAGCAGAACUUCAUCGACCCCCUUCAGAACCUCCACGACAAAGAUCUGAGGGAGAUUCAGCAUCACCUGAAAAAGCUGGAAGGCCGGCGCUUGGACUUUGAUUACAAGAAGAAACGACAAGGCAAGAUCCCAGAUGAAGAACUUCGCCAGGCGCUGGAGAAAUUCGAUGAAUCUAAAGAAAUCGCCGAGUCAAGCAUGUUUAAUCUCUUGGAGAUGGAUAUUGAACAGGUGAGCCAGCUCUCCGCCCUUGUGCAAGCCCAGCUGGAAUACCACAAACAAGCAGUACAGAUCCUGCAACAGGUCACUGUCAGGCUGGAGGAAAGAAUAAGACAAGCUUCGUCUCAGCCCAGAAGGGAAUAUCAGCCAAAACCUCGAAUGAGCCUAGAGUUUGCCACUGGAGACAGUACUCAGCCCAAUGGGGGUCUCUCCCACACAGGCACACCCAAACCUGGAGGUGUCCAGAUGGAUCAGCCCUGCUGCCGAGCCCUGUAUGACUUUGAACCUGAAAAUGAAGGGGAACUGGGCUUUAAAGAGGGUGAUAUCAUCACACUCACUAAUCAGAUUGAUGAGAACUGGUACGAGGGGAUGCUUCAUGGCCAGUCUGGCUUUUUCCCCAUCAACUAUGUAGAAAUUCUGGUCGCUCUGCCCCAUUAGGAUCCUAUGCUGGCUGGCUCACCUCUUUCUGACCCAGAUAGUUAUGUUUAACCACUGCUUUGGUAAUGCCGCUUCCAACACAUCAUGAGUGCAGGCCGCAGUGGAUGAGUCACCAAGCCCACACGUGUCCUGGGUUGACCUGUGUGCUCCUACAGGAAACCCGGUGAUAGACGGUAUCUUCAGAGUCAGUGGGCCUGGCCUGUGCUUUAAAACACCUGGAGACUAGCCAGUGGUCCCAGAACUGCUCUUUACCCAGUUCUCAGGAGGCUGUGGUUUCUGAUAAUAUACACAUGAGCCACAUCACAGGGAAACUCUCCUCAUUGAAGAUAUUGUCUCUCACCCAGGGGCCCUCUCAAGGUCUCGUGUUCUCCAUGUACAGAGGAGAAAAUCCUUUCUGUUGCACUUUUCCUUCCUAAAUGUGAGUCACAGAAUUGUUGACAAAAACAUCUCCCACCAGCAAAUUGUCUGCUGGUCUAAGCAACUUGGGCUUUUGAUGCCCUCAGCAGAAGUAUUAAUUGUUCAAAGCACUUUUGUUCUCCUACAUCUAUCUAUCUAUCUAUCUAUCUAUCUAUCUAUCUAUCUAUCUAU